AUGGAAUUGCAUAAAUGGCGUGCAAAUCAUCCAGAUCUGCUCAUGUCUGAAAAUAAGAUUACCGCUCAUUCAGAAUACACUUUUGCAGAGCAACAAGAAUCUGCGUCCGUAAAAACUCUUGGUGUCUUAUGGAAUACUCAGACUGACUGUUUUUUGUUUACAAUGACCAUUCCUCACUCUAACAGUUAUAGUAAACGAGAUGUUCUGUCACUAAUUUCGAAAAUGUUCGAUCCCUUUGGUUUAAUUGGGCCAGUGGUCACAAAGGCCAAAAUAUUCAUGCAAAGACUCUGGCUUGUUAAACUCGAUUGGAAUGACACAUUGCUAGAUUAUAUGGCCAAGGAGUGGAUUAAUUUCGUAUCCACGCUCUCUGAACUAAGUAAUCUUAAGAUUCCUAGAUUUGUAUUCCAGGAAAAUCACAUAGUGCUCCAUGGAUUUGCAGAUGCGUCAUCUUCGGCAUACGGAGCUGCAAUCUAUGUUCAAGCUUUGCCAGUUUCGGGAUUGCCCACCGUUCGACUUUUGUGUAGCAAGUCACGAGUUGCACCUAUAGAAACCUUAUCAAUUCCUAGAUUGGAACUGUCAGGUUGCGUUCUAUUAUCCAGAUUGAUGGAUAAAGUGAUAUCUUCGUUGAAUGUUAAAGUAGAAAAAGUAAUUAUUUGGUCUGAUUCUACUAUUUCUCUUGCUUGGAUUAGAAAAUCACCACACUUACUAAAAGCUUUCGUGACUAACAGAGUCGCUUUAAUACAAGAGCUUACGGGGUCAUACCAAUGGAAAUAUGUGCCAUCUGAAUGUAACCCAGCUGAUGUCAUAUCACGUGGACUGGAUGCAAACGACAUUCUUACAUGUGAUAUCUGGUGGAAUGGACCAGACCUUCUCUGUGAGGACAUGCAUUAUCCAGAACAAUCUCUUGAACCUAGCACUGACAAGGACUAUGUCAAGGAACUGAAAUGUUUAUCAGACUCUAAUUUUGCAAUAUUAGAAAAUAAUUCUAGGCCUAUAUCCUUAGAGGAACGGAAAGGGGCCGAGUUAACAUUGAUUCGGGAAGUGCAGAAAGGUGAGUUUUGUUCUGAUAUUGAGUCACUUAAGAGGGAUAGCCAAGUACCUGGUAGGAGCAAGUUUAAGUCGUUAAAUCCCUUCAUCGAUGAUGAUGGAAUCUUGCGCGUCGGUAGCAGACUUGCGCAAUCUCAG